AUGGAAUCCCAAUGGGAGUUGUACUCAAUACAGGAGCACUGGGGAGAGAUUGACGGCGUGCACAUGUUCCUAUACACGUCCCUCGUGUAUCUUCGCAACAAGACCGAGUUCUGGACUGCCCGUGUCCCCGGCCGGUACCCGUCCCGCGAGGCGCUUCCCGCCGGCGCCGCCCCUUCCUGCGGCACCUUGCAGCACGUCGACCGGACGCACCUCUUUCCGCCGCUCGACCCCGGCACCCACCGCUGCGACGACGACGUCGACGAGCCCGAAAAGGCCGGCAUCUUCGUCAAGCGCGUCCGCGUCGACGCCUACGACGGCUCCCCGACGCUCGCCCGCUACGUCGCCCACGAGGCGCGUAUCUGCCAGCGCCUGCGCAGCUACCCGCACCCCAACAUCGCCCGCUUCCGGGGCUGCCACGUCCGGGGGGAAACGGGCGGCACCGGCACCGGCACCGGCAUCGGCACCGGCGGGGAGAUUUUGGGACUCUGCUUUGACAGGUACGCCGAGACGCUGGCGGAGCGCAUGCGUCGCGGCGCCGCCGUCGACACGGAGCGCUGCAUGGAGCAGAUUCGGGCGGCGCUUAGGCACCUGCACGGCUUGCAGCUGGUGCACAAUGACGUCGUGCCGGAUAAUGUCAUGUUUGUCGAUGACGGGCCGGGCUUGGUUUUGAUUGACUUUGACUCGUGCGCGACGCGAGGGGGCGGGCUGCCGAGGAAACGAGGGCCGGUCAGGCCGGGGGCGACACGGUCAGAGUUUGAGAAUGACGACUUGGGACUGCGGUUGAUUCACAGAGCGCUGUUGCGAUAUGAGCAUGAUACGAGGUCCUGA